UUUUCUAUGGACGUCACUUCCGGUUUGGAAGGAAAUCUUUGUCUGUUUGUUAUUAUUUGACAGUGGGGUAAUUGGUUUUGUUUGACGUAAAAUAUCAACACCUUAGAGGAUAUCUUCAACAAAGAAAAGUGAAACUGGUGACGAACAAAUACUCAGUUAAGGAAGACAGAAAUGUCUGUGGAGAUGAAAAGUCAGGAUUCAGAUAAUGAUUCUGACUAUGAUCAGUCAGAUCACAUGGAUGAAGAUGAUGAGGAUUUUUGUGGUUACUAUGACAACGACACAGAUGACCUUGAUAUUGAUAGGCCAAAGAAGACAGAUGAUCCAGAGUAUUUUGAAUAUGAACUGUUGAAAGUUGAAGAUGUUGAAAGAUUGCUCAAUGAAGAUGUAGAAGUUCUAUGUAGCUGUCUCAAGGUAGAUCCACACCUAGCCAAAAUGCUGCUUCAGGUACAUCAGUGGAAAAAAGAAUUUAUCAUGGAAAGAUACAAGAGAGAUCCGGCAAAGUUCUUAGUAGAUUCCAAAAUUACACCAGCUGUCAAAUACAAGAGUGCACCACUUGGCGUACAGAACACAUGUUCAGUGUGUUGUAAAAAGGUGUCUGCCGAUCACUUCUGUCACCUCAGUUGCGGCCAUGUAUUCUGCAGAGAAUGCUGGGACUGCUACUUCCAAGUUCAGAUUCAACAGGGAGUUACAUCUGGUAUUGAGUGUAUGGAGAACAACUGUCACAUCUUGGUGCCAGAGGAUUUCCUAUGUCGGUCACUAUCCAAACCCGACCUCCGUGACAAGUACACAAAGCUCUCCUUCUUGGAUCUUGUAAAUACACAUCCACAGCUGAGAUUCUGCCCUGGGCCAAAUUGUUCCAAUGUGGUGAGAGCCAAAGACACAAGGUCUAAAAAAGUAGAUUGUGCCCAGUGUAAAACUAUAUUUUGCUUUGGAUGUGGCAUUGAAUAUCACGCCCCAACAGACUGUGCCACCAUUAGAAAGUGGCUCACCAAAUGUGCUGACGACUCAGAAACCGCCAACUACAUCAGUGCUCACACUAAAGAUUGUCCAAAAUGUCACGUUUGUAUCGAGAAAAAUGGAGGCUGUAAUCAUGUGCAAUGUACGAAAUGCAAAAACGACUUUUGCUGGAUGUGUUUAGGAGAUUGGAGGACCCAUGGAAGUGAAUACUAUGAGUGCAGUCGGUACAAAGAGAAUCCCAACAUUGCCAAUGAGUCAGUCCACGCUCAAGCCAGGGAGGCCUUAAAGAAGUACCUCUUCUACUUUGAACGGUACGAGAAUCAUGCCAAGAGUCUCAAGUUGGAGGAGCAAACACUGUCUAAAAUAACGACUCGUAUCCAGGAAAAAGUGAUGAUCAACUCUGGUACAUGGAUCGAUUGGCAGUACCUCCUUGAUGCUGCAGUCCUGCUCAGGAAGUGCCGAUACACUCUCCAGUAUACAUAUCCCUACGCAUACUACAUGGAAAAAACAGCAAGGAAACAGCUUUUUGAAUACCAGCAAGCCCAGUUGGAGGCUGAGGUGGAGAAUUUAUCUUGGAAAAUAGAACGUGCUGAGAUUACUGACAGAGGAGAUCUAGAAAACCAAAUGGACAUAGCAGAGAAAAGAAGGCAGACUCUACUUAAAGACUUCCUAGAAGUUUAAAGUUCUAAUUCAAGUCCACAAUGCGAUAGACAAACUUCAGUUUAUUUAAGCUUGGGCUCAGGGAAGUACCAUCCAACGCCAUGUGAGAGUCCAGCCUCGUCACAACACAUUCAUAUGUCUGGGUUCAGGGAUAUUUGGAUUCAUGCAGCAUGGCUUCAGAUAUUUGUCCUCAAGUAAUUUGAAUUCAGAUAUUUGAGCUCACGGAAUACGAAUUCAAAUUUGUGUUCUUUAGUGAAAUGAGUUGAUACCCGAGUUCUAAGUUCAAGAAUCGGAUGACCCGUCAAACUUACAAAUAAGCUGGAAAUCUUGCCAUAGUUAACCGUUGCUUGCUGUGUUAAGAGGAGUUGUAAGAAUGUGAAGUGUUGGGAUAUAUUUGAAUAUAUUAUCUGUAUGAAACAACAAAAUGAACAUGUAAGGUUCGUGUUUGUUGGGGUGUCAAACUAUUUGAAUUAAUUGAAAUUCAAACUUUUUCAUUGACUGUAGUGAGUAAGAAAUGAUAUAAACAGUAAUGAAUUAUAGAUUCAACUUACAAUCAAUAUUACAUACAUAGCAUGUAAGACUGCCAUAAACACGGAUGAUUGGUCGAGAGAUAUCACAUGUCCUAGCUGGUGUUCUUGGACACCCGCAAUCAAGUCAUAUUGACUCUGAUAUCUUCAACCUCCGCAACUUUCAUCGUGACACAAAUUAAUUCUAUGUAAAUGCUCUGUAUUGUAAAACUUGCUAUAGUCAUUUGUUGUAGAUACAAAAGGUACACUUUCUGGUGUUUUCCAGAUAUGUCAUAUUGACCUUCACAACUUUUCAGUUUGUGGUGUGUUUACAGGGUCUGUACAAUCACAUAUUGACCUCACUACAAGUGUUAAAGUAAUUGUGAGAGUUUGUAUAUUUUUACCACUGGGUGAGUGUACUCAUUGUAGCUUAGUAAAUGUGUGAAGACAGAUGUGUGCGAAUCUAAUAUAACACUAAGUCUCAAAAUUGAUAUUGUCAGAAUACGGCCAUGUAAACAAUAUCUAUGAAAUUCCAGUACAUGGUUUGUAUUUAAUAUAUUAUUCAGAUUCUAAAUCUUUGUUAUGAGGUGAUAAAAUUCUACUGAAAAUUCUUUAAGAAUUAACAGUUGUGAAUACGUAACAAGCAGUUCAGAGAAAAACUGUCUCUUAUAAAAAAGACUUUAACUGGUAAUGUAAUGAUAUGUACCUGAACAUAUUAAGGAUGAUAGUAUUAUAAUUGACGAUGUGUGUUCUCUAUCUAGAAAUUUGUGUACUUUAACUUCCAUUGAAUUAUGAAAAUUGUAAGAUGUAAAAUGUUUUAAGAUUUCAGUUAUCUAAUAUGUUAACAUUUAAAAAUAUUAUUUAAAUUUGAAGAAAAAUUGUUCUUGUCAAUUUACUUUUCAAUUUCAAUUUAGAAUAAGAUUUACAUUUUCCUUGGAUGUACUGUGCUACCAGUAUUUAUCAAUUUUUGAAUAUACAUGUAAUUGGAGUAAGGAUGUCUGUUACACUUUUACAGAGAAAUCUUAGAGAUUAUUUCUAGGGAGUAAACAAAUAUAUAACUGAUAUAAAUCUAACUCCAUAUUUCAAUGGGUUGACAUUCCAGAAAUUAUGAUGCUGAUGAUUAAAAUUAUUUAUAUUUGGUUUCUUUUUGAAAAUGGUAUUAUCGUUAACUAAAAAUCAGAAUCGUGACGUGUAUGUUUUUACAUAUAGUGGUAAUAAGUCAUUUACUUUUUUACCAGAUGUUUGAUUGGAAAAUAAAUGAUUUAUUAAAACAAACCACUUUAAUAUAAUGCACUAGCUUUGUUGAUUACUUAACCACUGGAACGUGUGAUUUAAACGGUAAUAUACCAUUUCACAGGGACUUGUGAUUAAGAUAACAUUUCACAGUGACUUGUGAUUAAGAUAACAUUUCACAGGGACUUGUGAUUAAGAUAACAUUUCACAGGGACUUGUGAUUAAGAUAACAUUUCACAGGGACUUGUUAACUACUAGUAUGAUCCAUUUCACAGAGACUUGUGAUUAAGAUAACAUUUCAGAGUGACUUGUGAUUAAGAUAACAUUUCACAGUGACUUGUGAUUAAGAUAACAUUUCAAAGUGACUUGUGAUUAAGGUAACAUUUCACAGGGACUUGUGAUUAAGAUAACAUUUCACAGGGACUUGUGAUUAAGAUAACAUUUCACAGGGACUUGUGAUUAAGAUAACAUUUCACAGGGAAUUGUGACCAUUAUGCAGUGGCAAUAUGCAUGUAAUCAGGAUUAUUACAUUUUAUUUUAUUUAUUUUUAAGAAAUUUUGAAUCAAGUUAUAACUUAUUAAUAUUUAUUAUCAAUAAUUCUUGCUGGUCAGGAUCGAGGACUGAGGAGGUGUUAGUAUGGGGUGUUUUUUUCAGAUAGAAAUACUGUACAAUGGUAGUUAAGAUUGAAAUUGAUGAAGAAGCACCACAUGUACAGAGCAUGAAAGUCUGAUUAAAGAAGUGUAGGUAUUGCUUAAUUAUAAUAUUGUAGAAGCUAAAAAUUAUGCCAAAAUGCCAAAGAACAUUGUCAUUAUUAUUAUUAUUAUUAUAUUCUCAUAAUAUAUUUUCCCCAUAUUUUGUGUGAUUUGCUCUCAAUUUUCAUCUGACACUAUUGUCUUUAGUGCCAUUAACAUGCACUGCUUCAACUUCCUUUCAACAUUAUUCUAGUAUAAACUUAGACAGAAAUAUUUAAAUCUUUUUCAUCCUUUAUUAAUUAAACAAUACAAAUAAAUUCAUAUAAGAUUAUUCAUAUUCCCAAGCCUUAUUGACACCCAGUACAUGUAUAUGUUUACUAAGUCAUAUUCAGGAUAUAGGUAUUAAUUAUCAACCUUUCCCCAACUUUUAGCGUUAUGAUUGGUUCACUAGUCUGAAGUUAUUGACAGAAGAAUUCUAGAACGGUGAAAGUAAUAUGUAUUUCAGAAUUUUUAGAAGUGAAAAAAAUACAGAAAGGAGUCCACAGCUUUUUUGGGCAGUAAAUUUUCUAAUACAAUGUUCUUUACCAAGUGUACUGAAAUGAGAAAAUUUGAAAUUAAUUUUCUAAUUUUGUAUUUUGUUGCAAAUGACUUAACCUUCUUUGUUAAAAUUCCCUGAAAAAUUUAACAUGUAGAUUAUUUAAAGCUUUAGUAUCUCUCACAGAGUGUAUUAAGUUUGUUUCUGUAACACGAGAGAUUGCUAGCUUCAGAUAAAUAAGUAUUACAAUCAAGAUAUAACAUGAUUUCAGUCAGUGCUAUGCUGUAUGUCAUUGUAUUUAUUAAAAUCUAUCGGAGGGGGGAAAUUGAAUCAUUUAUUGACAUCUGAUAUUUCAAAAAAUAUUUUCCUGUGUCAUUCUUUACUCUUUGAAAUAUUUCUUACCAGAUAAUCUUAAAAUCGUAAAAACGUUGCCUCCAGAUGUUUUGUUGUGUUAUACUAGUGCUGUGAGCCAACAUAUUGCUGCAAAUAUAUUAGUUGAACUUAAUUUUAUUUAUUGUAAGUGAUAAAAGAUCUUCAUUGAUGUUUCUUUUCCAUAUUAGACCUGAUAAGCGUGUCUGCUCCUGGAAGUGCACCCCAACUUUUAUCUGGGAAAGAGGAUUGGGAUGCUUGAUUUAAAAGGUUGCAUCGCUAAUCUGUCAAUAGUCUUCAGUCUUUUUACCAAAGACUGUGUUUAAAAGACAUGACAGAAAAAUACUACUUUACUCAAAAAAUCUUUCAUUUUAAUUUCAACCCUGUAUUAAUACCAAAUUUCAAGCACAUCCCUCUUGUGUGUUUUAUUAGGUCAGUUACAAAGAUCUUAUCUACUUAAAUGAUACAGGUUUGGGUAACAUAUUAAAACUGUUAGUAUGGGAUGCUGCAGAAUCUGUAAACAGUGAUACGUCGAUACGUGUAUCGAUAUUGGGUUGUGACAUGUUUCCUGUAGAAUAUAGUGGUAGUGGUCUGUAGAUAAUCACGUUUGUGGUUUAUUAGUUGUAUUAGUGGUCUAGGUUAGUUUAGAUAAAGUCAAUUUCACUAUUUCACUUAUCAAUUUCUUAAAUUUAGAUAUGAAUUAUCGAAGAAAAAAAGAUCAAAUUUAAAAAAAAAAAAUAUUGGUUACAGUUAAUUUAUUGUAAUCUAAAUCAAAAUUAGAUAUUAAUCAAUGCCUUAAUCAUUCAUUGUAGUGUAAUUCUAUUAUUUGCUUCCUCUAGUUUCAUUUUAAAGCCAUACUGUGUACAUGUGUUUAAAUGUCUGUAAGCCUGAAUACAUUUCAUGAUUUGAAUUUUUCUCUUUGUGUGGUUAUUGUCGCAUCCAUUGUGUGGCUGUCUUUUUACCUUAACUAAUUAGUACCUAGAUUGCUUAAAAUGCUAAGAGCAUGAACGAUAUGUGAGUGAGUAUGUUCGUAUGAUCCAACAAUGUCUUUGAUAGACAGUUUUGUUUAAAAUUUUCCAUCAAAAGCUAAAUACAGAUUUCACUAUUCUUUCUACCCUCUGCUUUCAGUUUAUGACAUGGCUGAUAUUUUGUUUUGAAAAUGAGAUUUGUUUUUUGUUUGUUUUUUCUUUAUCAAAAAAAAAAUCUGCCCAUUUACAUAACAACAGGGUUGAGGGGUGUUUUUAUGCACAUAUCGGUAAUACUUGGGGUUUUAUUAGGCUGAGAAUGGGAUGUUGUUUGUUAUAUUUUGAGUAAAUGUUCCGAUUAUAUUUGUUUAUUGAAUUCUAGACUUGAUAUUUCCUUCAUUAAGAAACUCUAGACAGAUUUGAUCUUUCAUUCAUUGAGAGAUAUACAGUAUAUACCAUAUUUAACUUCAUUUUGAGGGGAUGGAUUAUUGAUUAGUAGUAAAACAAUACUAUGUUACUGCUGAAUGGAUGGUUUCUUACUUCUGCACCUUUGAAAUAAAUGGUAAAACAUUUCUGGUACUAGCAGUAUAAAUCAAAUGGUAUCAAAUACUUACAAAUGAAAACUUGUCUAGAUCUUUAAUACUUAAAUGUUCUUUUCUAGUUUUGUUUUAUCAUUGAGAAUGCAAAUUUUGUUUCGUAAAUAAUUCAUAUUAAAUAAGUCUUUAUUCAGUAAGACUUUUCCACAUUGGAAUUGCAUUUGUUAAAUUAAUAUAUCACCUUAAUUUCCUAAGCAACCUAACAUUUUAAUGCAUGUAUUUAUAAAUACCAGUAAAUUAUGUAUGUAGGUACAUUUUGAUGUACAAUGAUGUGUCUAAAAUAUUGGUUAUAUAAUAUUUUAACAAAUAUAUUUGAUGCAAUUUGAAAAAAACAUCAACAGAUAUUUAUGACCUUGUUUUUCAAUGGAAUCUUUUGAAAUUUCACAAACAGGUAGAGAAUUAUUUGCUCAUUCCUCUGAUAAUCCUUUUACAAUGGUAUUUGUCAAGUAAGAGUAAAACACAAAACAACAUCACACUUUGUUACAGUGUCUAUAUUUGUCUAAUUCAGGAAAAUGAAGCAUGGGAAAAAUACAUAAAAAUUAUGUGGUGAAAGAGCUUACAAAUGGAAUUUUAAGAAGAUCCAUUGAAAAACUAAAUCUGUUUUAAAAUUCAUUUAGAAUUUGUCAAAAUGCAUGAAAUAUAUACUAGAAAUAUGACAUAAUCAAUAUCAUUAUACUAAGUAGUAAUCAUGAAUUGAGAGCUUACAAAUGGAAUUUUAAGAAAAUCCACUGAAAAACAAAGCCGUUAAAAUUCAUUUAGAAUUUGUCGAAAUGCAUGAAAUAUAUACUAGAAAUGUUACACGAUCAAUUAGUUUUGGUACAGUUCAUCGUAGGUUAUAACUAACAGAAACAAAAGAUAUUGGUUAGUUGUGACUCAGCACUGGAUAUGUAAUUUUACUGUCAAUUAUCUCACAAUCAUUUAUAAGUCUUUUUUUAAUUUAACAGAAGUGUUUUAUUGAAGAUAAGCCCUCAUUAUCUAUAGGGUCAAUUGCAGGAAUAAAUCCAAUAUUUAAUCAACACCGUUGUUUAGAACUUAUGGGAUUAUUUUGUAGGUAAAAUAUAUUGAUGAAUGAAUGUAAUAUCCCUUUAAUUUUGUCAAUUUUCAUCUAUCUUUUUCAUUUUAUUAUGUCUCAUAUAUACUGUACUGUCUAUCUUGACGUUUAUAACUUAAACCUUUUUGAUGAUGACCUUCUAUAUCUGGACAGUGAGCUAGUCACUUCCUGUUGCCUAUAUGUAUUCCUAGAUAUUGUAGCCUCUCUCUUCCUUCUCUUAACUAUUAUCAAUGUAUUAUUUAUUUUUUGAUUAAUUUGUUAAUUAUGACAAAUGUGAAGUAUAAUAUAUAUAUAAUACUGAUCACUCUUAAGUUUUGUUGAUGUGCAUUUAGUAAAAAAUGGAAGAUAAAAAAAUGGAGAAAAAAUUAAAACAAAAAUCAUGUA